AUUGUUUCGGUCUUUCUCUACCCCGUACAUCCAUACCAGCGCGGGAUGAUUGUGUCAUUGCGCGCCCCACAAACGCUAAUUUAAUAACUUGUCGGCUCGAGUAUCCUUCCCAAAUUCCCAGAGUGUUUCCAAGUGACCGAAGCCGAAGAAGGUUCCAAGAAGCCGGUCGAGUCUGUUCUCCAGACCCGCCGACCGGCGCCAACCGAACACAUCCAUUUUGAAAGCGACACUCUGACAAUCCGGGAGGCAUUAGGCUACAUGUAAGGUAAUUAAUAAUGACUCACCGUCACGACAUUCCUUCAAAGUGCACUUUCUUAACUUAAAGCCAAGCCCCAAUUUUCACAUUUGGUCUGACAGUAGGACUGGCCAACUUUUCCUUCUUUUUUUCUUUCUCACCUUCAUUCAACUCGGAUGAAACUUCACCGGCCCAUUUAGCACCAAAGAGGCAGUGUCACCACAAUGUCGAGAGCCAAAGUUGAAUUGAUCCCCUGGGAUUGCAACUCUUCGGACCACUUCACACGGAUGGUAGAUCAGAGAAUAGCAUGCGGUUGGGCCUCGGACCUGGUGCCUCAAUGGCAAGAGAACCAGCGAACCGGAUUUAAGUGCAUAUACUGGCUCGUACUCGCGGAUGAGGACCCGGAGCGAGACGCAAGACUCGCAAAGCACAUCGCCGAUUAUCCAAAAGAGAAAGACCCCAUUCUAGACACAGCAGCCUCGAUCAGCGCUACCCCGCGAACCCCGACAGGAGCAUCCUUUCACCCCGUCGGCCACAUCUCACUCGACAUCGACAACCCCGCCGCGGCGCCCCUCAACCUCCCGAUCCCCAAAGACCACGUCUACUGGAUCAAGAGCCUCUACGUGUCUUUUGCACUGCAGAGCUGCGGCAUCGCCAGGGCCGCCAUGGACUUGGUUGAGAGCAUGGCCACCAGCGAGCCACUAUGCGCAAAGACGCUCAUGUUGGACACGGUCUCCAAAGAGGACCAGUUGAGAAAGGAGUCCAUGGUUGUGGCGCAGGGCAAACUCCCACCGACACCGACGCAUGCGUGGUAUGAAAGGAGAGGCUAUAGACUGAUCCACACCAUCAACAACUUUUACGGGUUCCCGGAAAAGGAUCCAGAUGGCAACUUGCUCAUUCGAAGGACGGUGUUCUUGCGCAGAGAUCUCGUCUAGCGUAAACUUGUCUUGUAGAAAACCAGCCUGUAGAUAAAUCUAACCUCCGACACAUAUAUCUAUGGAAUAGUAGCAAGAUU